AUGGCGGCCAAGCUUAGUUGGAUCAUACUGCAACUGUUCGCCGUAUGGAUUCGAAUUUGUCGUUCUUCUUGCGGUGACCACCUUGAAGGCUAUUCCGGAGACCUUCGUUUUCCUAUAAGUGGAGGAAAUGUUGGCGAAAGUCUUCGCUGCACUUGGACAAUUACAGUGUCAGAGAGAUUUCGUGUAAAAAUUACAUUCACAGACUUUGUUAUGGAAACAAUAUGUUGUUCUUGUACGCAUGAUUUUUUAGAAAUUCGCGACGGGUCUCUUGACAAUUCCACUGUUAUUGGACGAUUCUGUGCAAAAAGGCAACCUAAAUUUAUUUACUCCACGAAAAAUGUUAUAUGGAUUCAAUUUACGUCUGAUUUUCGUACCUACAGUAGUAAUCGUUUUCGGCUGUCAUACGAAGCAGUAUGUGGCAGCCAUUACACUGAUUCUUCAGGCACUCUUCGUUCACCCAGGUAUUCGUUUCCUUAUGAAAACAAAGAUUGCAUCUACAGCAUCGAGGUGCCGAAAGGGAGAAUAAAGGUAAAGUUCGAGAGCUUCAGAGUUAAUGGUCGAAUGCCUGUUUGUUUAUAUGACUUUCUUGAGGUGAAGGAAAUUGGAUACUUCGUACUCUCAAAUUCUCAAGGAGAAUCGAGACGUAGUCGUUACUGCGGCAUUAACAAACCGCCAAUUAUUUAUUCUACAAAAGGUAGUAUUCUGUGGUUUAGAUUCAAGAGGUCAGAUGACGGGAAAUCACGAUUCAUAGCUAAUUAUCGCACCAUUUUCGUUGGAGAGGGAACAUGUGGUGGAACCUUUAAAGAUACAUCGGGGUUAAUAUACUCGCAAAAUUACCCCUAUCACUUUCCACACGGCCAAGAAUGUGUAUGGAAAAUUCGGGUGGAUCCUAACAUGCAUGCACAUUUAUACUUUGAUACCUUGAAUUUUGGAUAUAAAAUGGAUGGAGUCUGUGGGUAUGGACAUUUAGAAAUUUAUGAUGGGUCAGAGGAAUCCUCUUUUAUAAUUGGCGAGUAUUGCGGAAAUGUUAUUCCCAACAAAAUCAUUUCCAGGACAAAUGAGCUCAUGAUCAAGGCAGUGUCAAGUUACGAGGGAAAAAACAUGGGGUGGUUUUCUCUGCAUUAUGAGUCAUCUACUGGAAGUGUUUGUGGAAUGUCUAAGUUCACCUGCACAAAUCGGCAAUGCAUUGAAAAUGAUAAAGAAUGCAAUGGUCAAAAAGACUGUGAAGAUGGUUCAGAUGAAGAAGUUUGUCCUGAACAAGCUUCUUCCAAAGACCCUGGUUUUCUGUCUUGGUACAGAUUCUGGCCGGUCAGCAUUGUGGGAGGAAUGCUUAUUGUUGGACUAUGGCUUUGGAGAGCAUGGAAAAAAAUUAUGGCAGCUCGAUCUGAAGUGGACAGACCUCAUGCGACUACUCCAUCACCAAAUCAUUUAGAGAUGCUCCCUAGUACUUCUGUGGAACCUCCAAGUUACAGUGAGGCUGUUGCUGAAAAUGUAGAGCCUCCGCCCACUUAUGAAGAAGCUCUCAGAGAACGAUUAAACCCUCAGAAUAGCAUACAAGAGGCUGACUCUCUCAGGGUUCACUCUGACUUAAAUACUGGCAACAUGGCAUUGCCCAGAAAUGUAGGUCAAACAUUGUCCAUGGUAGUUUAUGAGGGUUCAUCAACAAGUUCUCAUGGUUCUCCAUAUGACAGUCAUAGAAAGAGAGGUUAUACUUCUCUACACUUAAAUGCUCAAAGUAUUUAG